AUUUCAGGUGAAGUAUCCUGAUUGUGUGUGUUUGUGCACUUUCAGCACACUUUUUUUUAAAUUCUGAGUCUCAUGACUUACCUUGUUAGUGGCACAGUGGUAUGUCCCUCCCAUUCCUCAGCCUCUUGUCCUCCCUCCCUCCCUGGCUCUGCCUCCCUCCCUCCCGCUGCUGCUCACUCACUGCCAGCAGCCUAGUCCGAAGCUGGAGUUAUACAGAAAGAAGAAUCUGAAGAAAUACUUCUUACAUUCCUAGCCCAGGAUGCAAGCAUUCAGGCACAUACUUGGAUAAACAAAGGAGCAGUAUCCCAAACUUACAAUCUGCACUUCUCAGGAGACAUCCGAUAGCCCAAAGGAACUGGACCAGAACAGGGAAUAUUAGGAACACAACAUGUUGCUGCUGGGGAUGUUCACUUGGAGUCUAACUUUCCCCUCAUUGAUCGCUCAAGGAAUAUUAGAAAAUGCAAAAGAAGCAGAAGAGAGAACAGUUCCUGUCAAAAGAAAUGAACCCAGAGACAGCACUGAAGUUGCACUCACACAGUUCAGCCAAGAGCCAGUCGAUCAGACAGUAGUAUCUGGUCAGAAGGUGACCCUUUCCUGUGUUGUCUUUAAUUACACUGGAAUUGUGCAGUGGACAAAGGAUGGUCUUGCAUUAGGUACAGACCGGAACCUAAAAGCCUGGCCCCGUUAUCGGAUAGUUGGGAACACAGAUCUGGGACAGCACAACCUGGAAAUCGAUAAUGCAGAGCUGUCAGAUGAUGCCAUCUUUGAAUGUCAAGCUACAGAGGCAGUCCUACGUUCCAAAAGGGCAAAAAUUACCGUACUCAUCCCUCCAGAUGAACCUGUAAUAAGUGGAGGCCCUGAAAUCCUCCUGAGAGCUGGGACACCUUACAACUUAACUUGCACUGCUAAAGGGGCAAAACCAGCAGCAUCGAUCAUAUGGUACCGUGAUGGUGUGGAGCAGGAAGGAGCACUCUCCACUACUGAAAUAAUGCAGGAUGGAAAGCGGGAAACGACCACCAGCUUACUGCUCAUUACCCCAACAGAUGUCGAUAUCGGACGAUCUUUUACCUGCAAAACUAGCAAUGAUGCACUUCCUGGUGGCAAGGAGACUUCUAUCAAACUGAAUGUUCACCACCCACCAACAGUUACCCUGUCUAUCCACCCACAGACGGUGCUAGAAGGAGAAAGGGUCGUGUUCACCUGCACAGCAGUGGCCAACCCAGCGAUACAAGGAUUCAGGUGGGCAAAAGGUGGUGUGAUGUUGGAAGGUGCCACAGAAGGUUCAUAUGAAACAAUAGUGGAUUACUCCUACUUCACCGAGCCUGUCUCCUGUGAGGUGCACAACGCUGUGGGUAGCACCAAUGUCAGCACCCUCGUUGAUGUUCAGUUUGGACCUCGAAUUGUAGUAGAACCUAAACCAGCAACAGUGGACAUGGGAUCAGAUGUGUCUAUAACAUGUAUGUGGACCGGUAACCCUCCUUUAACCCUUACUUGGGCCAAGAAAGGAUCUAAUAUGGUACUCAGUAACAGUAAUCAGCUACACCUGAAAUCAGUCACUCAGGUGGAUAGUGGAAUCUACGUUUGCAGAGCCAUAGUGCCGCGGAUCGGUGUGGGUGAGAGGGAAGUACUACUCUCUGUCAAUGGUCCGCCAAUCAUCUCCAGUGAUGCUGUGCAAUAUGCUGUCAGAGGUGACCGUGGGAAGGUAGAAUGUUUCAUUGGAAGUACACCGACUCCCGACCGCAUUGCUUGGGCAUGGAAGGAAAAUAUCCUGGAGAUAGGAACACUGGAGCGCUACACAGUGGAGAGAGCAGAUACAAAAAAUGGCGUCAAAUCCACACUAACAAUUAACAAUGUUAUAGAGUCUGAUUUUCAAACACGCUACAACUGUACGGCUUGGAAUAGCUUUGGACCUGGGACAGCUAUCAUUCAGCUAGAUGAGCUAGAAGUCGUGCCUGUGGGGAUCAUCGCUGGAGCUACUAUUGGUGCUGGCAUCCUCCUUAUCUUCUGUUUAGCAGCACUGAUCUUUUUUCUUUACCGAAGGCGUAAAGGAAGCCGGAAGGAUGUGACUCUGGGAAAACUAGAUAUUAAAGUAGAGACUGUGAACAAGGACCCCUUGACUCUUCAUAAGGAUUUAGAUGAAGACAGUGUCAGUGUUUCAACAGCAACACGCAUGAUGAAAGCUAUGUACUCGGCCUUUAAGGAUGCUGAAGACAUGAAGACAGAUCUACGUUCUGAUACCCUUGACACUCGUGAGGAGUAUGAGUUAACGGACCCCACAAAUGGAUAUUAUAAUGUUCGUGGGCAAGAGGAUAGGCCUGCCUCCCGCAGUAUGCUGUAUGCAGACUACCGAACUACAACUUCUAACCGCUAUGACCCUAGGCCACCUUCACGCAUCUCCCAUAAUAGUGCCUAUGCACAGCUUAGUACUUACAGCCGAGCCCCAACCUCCGAAUACAGUGCAGAACCUCCUGCAGAUUCCACCAGCCAGCUCUCCUACGACAAGUAUGAAAAAUUUGGGCCUCAUGCUUACCCCACUGCCUCUACCAACUAUGCCCCCUACAGGCUGGGUUAUAAUCAGCCCUCAAACUUGGAACGUCCUGCUGCCUAUGACACCUAUGAUCCUGUUGGAAAAUAUGCCACUGCCACACGUUUCUCUUACUCCUCCCAGCACUCAGAUUAUGGGCAACGUUUUCAGCAGCGAAUGCAGACUCAUGUCUGAUAUGAAGAAUUUGGGAAAAAUGGGCCACAGGCUGCAAGGCAAAAAGUGGAAAGUGGACAGGUGUGUCUGCGGUGACGAGUCUUACUUAUUUUGGGGUUUGUGCAACAGAAGUAUUUUAUAAAAUCGUCUAAAAGAAGAAAUCAAUGAACGCCAUUUGAAAGGAGUUGAAAAUGUCUAGUAUGAGAAAAGGGGGCUGCGUAGCACAAAUUUUCCAAGAUCAAAUGGUCUUAAGAGGUCAAAAAGACACCACGGGCUUCAACCAUAGCACUGAUUUGCCAUUGUGCAGCAUAAAGUUUUCACUUUUAUUGUGGCACUCCCAUGGAACUAAUCAGAAGUGUUGUUCUUCUAGAGUGCCUUGUAACUGUUCAGCCAAUCAGUAUUCAUUCCACACCCACAAUGGGAGGUGCUUGACUUUAGUUUUUAACAAGUCUGUAAAAUGAAACAGAGGCCAUAUUUUAUACACAUCAGUGUCUACAUGUAAUGUAUAUAUAUUUAAACUUUAGAAGGAAGGUACAUUUUUGUGCAUUUGAUUAGGGGGAGCUAAGGUUUUACCCUAGUGCAUCUCCUUAUUUUCAUUUGUUUGUCUCUGAGCAUGUGAAAUUACACCAUCAUCAUCAUCAGGGACCCCAGUCUUCCCCUGUGUCUGUUACAGACUACCUGAAAAAGGGAGAGUAACAAUACUUGUCAAAACAUGGUGGGACGGCAUGUGACAUUAUUAGUGACAUGACAUUAUCAUGAGAACACUCAACAGUGUGCGUGUAUGUAUGAGUGUGUGUGUUUAUGUGCUUGUGCUUGCACACAUGUAUACAUGGAUCUAAAGAAAUGUGGAGGCCAGCAAGAACAAUAUUAUGAAAGACUCAUACAUAAUAUUAUUGGAGAUCCCCCUAUUCCAGAAGUUUGUGUGUGCAUGAGUGUGCAUCUAUAUAUACAUGGAUCUAAAGAGAAACAAGAGCCGAAAAGUACAAUCUCAUAACAAAAUCAUACAUGCUAAUCAUACAUGCUAUCAUUGGAGAUCCCUGUCUUCUAGAAGUUUGUGUGUGAGUGUGUGUGUGUGUGUGUGUGUGUGU